AUGUGCCGCGUCGUACUGCUCGACCAGACCCAGUACGUCAACCAUCAAUUGGGAGCGGGGCUCCCAAGAAUCCCAGGACGGGGGAUAGUUGCGCCACCGGACGAGGUAACUCGUCCGACGUCCAGUUCACGUCGCGGUGGUUCAACAGCUGCUCAACUAGAUAGCGCUGGCCACCGCGAGAGUCCUCUAAUGGAGGUGGAGGAGGAGGAAAGACGCUCUCCACACGAUCAUGUGGAUCGGUGUGUUCCCGAGAGCUUCUUUGAUCGCGUAACGCAAGGGUUACGCGACGAUCUCGAGCAUGAGCGGAAUAGGCGUCUCCAGAUGGUGGACACUGCCUCGAAGCAUCGAGCUGAGUUUUUGCCUUUGCUCAGCUUGAGAACGAGAGAGCUCUGA